GGCUGCGAUUUUUUUAGGUUUAAAAAAAGAAAGAAAAACAAAUAGAGCAGCCAAUGAGCAACCGCCAGAACCUUCCUUUUCCCCAACCUUAACCCUGUGAUGCCCGCUCCUCCUCCACACAUAGAGAAGACGAAAUUGGGUUCUCAUCAGGAAAACAUGGAAGUAUAAAAGCCUGAUUUUUCUAAGCGACGAUGUAGAAUUUGUUGUAAGAGUUGGUCUCAAAUGGACUGAAUAACUCUAUUUUAUAGAGACUCUUAUUUGGGUAACUUUCUGGAGUUAACAACAACAAGAGGGAGCAACUGUGUAAAUGGAAAAGAGGCCACAUAAAAAGGCUAAACAGAUUGAAUCUAUGGAUGAAAAGGAAAGAGAUGUGCUGCUUUGUGGUUUAGAGAUAGAAGGCUCAUCAAAUCACAAAACAUGGAUUCCCUUUGACCUUCUCUUCAAAAUAUUUCUUCUACUCCCGGCCGAUACACUGUGCAGGGUAAGCUUUGUCUGCAAAACGCUGUUUAACAUGAUCACAAGUCCAAACUUCAUUGAAGCUCACCUUCGUCGCUCUGAGACUGUUCUUCUCACUUUAAUCUCAAAUUACGAGAACCACAACAAAUCUUUGCCUUUUGCACCACAACCCCAUUCCCAAAGUAUUGUACACUUUUUCCAACUCUGGGAAUUGCAUAGCGGGGAAAGUAGCAAAAUUCCUGUUCAGAACUUGGCCAGAAUAGACUCAGUUUUAGCAUCCUGCGAUGGACUAGUAUUGGCCAAAUUGAAAACGACAAGAGGACUAGUAGUAGUCAACCCAAGCAGUAGGAAGCACUUACGAUUUCCCCUGGGAACGGCCGGUUUCAGCCCAGAGUCAUUUGGGUUAAUGCGUCGGGGACAUAUGGGUGAGUAUAAAGUGGUACACUUAUUUCGCGACAAAUACCUCCACGCCAGAUGUGAGAUUCUAAGCCUACCUACAAGGUCAUGGCAUGCGGUAGAUGGACCACCUCUAACCGUCCAACAACACAUCAUUCUUCACCCGCCUGUUUCAGCUACUGGAGCAAUGUAUUGGCUACCCGGAAGAGCUUACUGCACUCAUAUCGUCUCUCUGGGAUAUGAUGACGAAAGGUUCCUCAUCAUACCGUUGCCAAUCAUCAGCACCAAGAAUGACCGUUUAGUUGAGGUGGGUGGUGGGUUAUUGAGCUUUGUCACUCAUGCUACGAUGCACUUGAUUCAGGUAUGGAUUUUGAGGAGGAGGGAUGGUGGUGACGUAGAGGGCUACUGGAUAAAACGUUAUAGUAUAAACAGGAACUAUGAUGUUACGGGAAUGGUUCCGAUUUGCACUUCGGGCCGUGAGAUGGUCUUCAGCAGACAGAGGAAAAACUUGUUGCAUGUUUGUGAUCUGGAAAGUGAUGAGAUGAAGGAGAUCACUCUUCACACCGAGAAGAUGAAUGGGGCUGCUGAUGAGCAAGAUGAGAUUGCUGAUGAGCAAGAUGAGAUUGCUGAUGAGCAAGAUGAGAUUGACGGCAUUAACCCUGAAGUGGAUAGUGUCAGCGAAUUUACGUCUUACAUUCCUCAUGUCAACUCCCUUGUAUCGCUCUGUACUCGAUAUCAUCAUCAUCAGUAGGAGACAUGUUAUUGUGUUACUUAUGAAUCCUCUUCUAUGGCUGCGGUAAUUUAGAAUGCUUAGGGCACUAGUGUUCCAAAAGAGCUUUUUGCCUACUUGCAUUCUAUUUUGAUGCUAAAACAGUUGAUUAAAUAACUUUCAAUUAAAAACAGAAAAAAGGAUAAGUGGCAUCUGUAUGUAUAAUAACUACGUAGUAUUAUGUAAUGCAACAAUUUCAUAAUGCAUUGUGGUGACUACC